AUGGCGGUCCAGUCCAAGCUCCGCCAGGAUGCCUCCUCACAUGCUGGCUGGCUCGCACAGCUCCUCUCCCCGCAACAACGCGCCAAGCAAGGCCUCGGACUCGUCGCGCUCCUCCUGCUCUUCUCGCUCCGCAGGCGUCUGACCGAGUGGCUCCAUCAGCGCAACCUUGGCAAGCUCGCCAGCACACGCUCCGGCUCUUCCAACCUCGACGUCGCAGACGCCCUCAAGCAGGUCUACGUGCCCAAGCCCGACGGCUCCCGCGACCUGCUCGUUCCCAACCGCGGGCGCGUCUCCAAGGUGCCCAUCAAGCCUACCAAGGCGAGCACCUUUGAUGCCGACUACGCAGUCUUCCGCAAGCUCCCUCCCACCUCGGACACCGGCGCCGCCAACGCCAAAAAGAAGAAUCUCAGCGACGACGACCGCAAGCGCUCCCAGAUCGAGGAUGCCAAGGCCAUGCGCGCAGAGGGCGGCGCAGCAGCCGCCACCGCCAAAAAGGUGGGCGUCAACAAGGAGUUCUUCCGCCAGCUCAAGGCCAUCUUCCGCAUCCUCAUCCCGCGCAGAAACAGCAAGGAGGUCUUCAUCUUCCUCCUCCACACCUCCUUCCUCGUCCUCCGCACCUACCUCUCCAUGCUCGUCGCACGCCUCGACGGUGUCAUCGUGCGUGACCUCGUCUCUGCCAACGGUCGCGGCUUCCUCCGAGGCCUGGGUCUCUGGUUCCUGCUCGGCAUCCCUUCCACCUACACCAACUCCAUGAUCCGCUUCCUCCAGUCAAAACUCGCCAUCGGCUUCCGCACACGCCUCACACGCUACGUCCACGACCUCUACCUCAACGACAAGGCCAACUUCUACCGCAUCGUCAACCUCGACGGCCGUCUCGACGCCGCCGACCAGUACAUCACCACCGACAUUGCCCGAUUCUGCGAGACGCUCGCCGCGCUCUAUUCGAACGUGUCCAAGCCUGUGCUCGAUCUCAUCAUCUUCAACUAUGCGCUCAGCCGAUCCCUCGGUCCCAUGGGCGUGCUCGGUCUCGCCUCCAACUACCUCUUCACCGGCUGGAUUCUGCGACAGGUCACUCCGGCCUUCGGCAAGCUGGCCGCCAUCGAGGCCAAGCUCGAGGGCGACUUCCGCUCGGCGCACAGCAGGCUCAUCACCAACGCAGAGGAGAUCGCCUUCUACAAUGGUGCUUCGAUCGAGGCCGGUAUCUUGAAUCGCGCCUACAUUCGCCUCGUGCGCCACAUCAACAGCAUCUUCAAGAUCCGCGUCGCCUUCAACAUGACUGAAGACUUUGUGCUCAAGUACGCCUGGUCCGCGGCGGGCUACGUCAUCAUCGCCGCGCCCUUCCUGUUUGGCAACAAGCAGCCCAAGACUGACGCCGUGGACGCGCCGGCGCCCAAGCGAGAGGUGGUGGACAGCACGGUGGCGUCCAAGACCGAGUCGUACAUCUCCAACCGUCGUCUGCUGCUCUCGCUCGCCGAUGCAGGAAGCCGACUGAUGUACAGCUACAAGGAACUCGCCGAGCUGGCGGGCUUCACCAGCCGCGUCUACACGCUCAUCUCGACGCUGCACCUGCUCAACAAGGAGCAGUACCAGUCCAUGCCUCGUCCAGUCGAGCUUGCUGCCGACAAGCCCUUCUACGACCUCGGCCACAUCCAGGGCGAGGUGGUGGUGGGCAGCGACACGGUUGCGUUUGACAAGGUGCCCAUCGUCGCGCCUGCACCCGGGCUGGAGCGCGGAGGCGAAGAGCUGGUGCGCGAUCUCACGCUGCGCGUCAAGCCGGGCGAGCACGUGCUCAUCACGGGCCCUAACGGUGUGGGCAAGACGGCGAUUGCGCGUGUGGUUGCAGGUCUGUGGCCGGUGUUCCAGGGCCGCAUGGAGCGUCCGUCGAUCAACGACAUCAUGUUCCUGCCGCAGCGACCGUACCUCUCGGUGGGCAGUCUGCGCGAGCAGGUCAUCUACCCGUACACGUACCCGGAGCAUGUGGCGAGCGGCAAGACGGACGAGGACCUGCUUGCGAUCCUCAAGGACGUGCAUCUGGCGUACCUGCCGUCGCGCGAGGGCGGCUGGGAGACGCGCAAGGAGUGGAAGGAUGUGCUGUCGGGCGGCGAGAAGCAGCGAAUGGGGAUGGCGCGUCUGCUGUACCACCAGCCGCGCUUCGGCAUCCUGGACGAGUGCACGAGUGCCGUGUCGACGGACGUCGAGGGGCUGAUGUAUGCCAAGGCCAAGGAUCUGGGCAUCACGCUCAUCACGAUCUCGCAUCGUCCGUCGUUGUUCAAGUACCACGAGGUGCUGCUGCGACUCACGGGCGAGGAGGGCGCGUGGGAGACCGACUACAUUGGCGCCGAGACCGAGCAGCUGAGCAUGGAGAACGAGAUCGAAGACCUGGAGCGCAAGAUGGCCGAGGUGGAAGGGUGGAAGAGCCGCAUCGGCGAGAUUCAAAAGGAGCUCUCGCUCAGCCAGAGCUAA